UUCAAAAAAUAGAACGCCGUAAUAUCAGUGUGUAAUGUAUAGGACAUUGGAUCAUAAAGCGAAAGUUAUGAUUGCGAUAGUAGUAAAUAUACCUGUAAACACAUGCUAACUUUAAGAAAUUGCUUGUUUUAAGGAUAUAUACUAUAAGGAUAUAUACAUCGACGGUGCGAGUAAAAACGAUACUACGACAUUUGAAGGAUAUACUAGAACGACUACGAUAAUGUCCGUAAAACCGUACGAGUUAACGGACGCUGGCGGGGCCACGUGUCAAGGUAUGAUUACAGUCGACGGUUACCCCGUGCCUAAUUUCAUGGAAGAUGGCAUUGUGCGAGGGAAGACAAUUUUGAGCAUUCGAGAAUGGAAGAUUCGCGAUGAUGAUAUUGUCGUGAAAAGCCUUCCAAAGUCAGGGAACCGUUGGGUUGACGAAAUUUUGAACAUGCUUCUGUCGCGAAAAACAGAGAUGGAAGCGGGGAGAAAGUUUGCAUUGAUUGAGCAAACCACCGAGAAAAACUUCGAAUCAACGCCUUCUCCCAGGGUGAUAAGCACUCACCUACCUCUGCGAUAUCUGCCGAAACAAUUAGAGCAAAAGAAGACUAAGAUGGUCUUAGUAUUGCGCAACCCCAAGGACUGUGCAGUGUCCUAUUAUCACGUAAUGACCGGCAUGCGCGUGUUCAAUUACUCAGGGAAAUUUGAGAACUUCCUGAAAUUGUAUAUCGACGGGAAACUGCCCUUCGGCGACAUGUUUUCCUAUAUUCGGGAAUUCGAAGAAAAGAUGAAUUCAGAAUCUGACAAGAUUUGCCUAGUUAUGUACGAAGAUUUAAAGAUGAACGGAGUGCAGGAGAUACAAAGGUUGGCGCGGUUCCUCGGUGUGGACGCCACUGAAGAGUUCUGUAAGACAGUACACGAUGCCUGCUCCUUUCGAAACUUUGCAGAGAAGAGAGAAUUUACAACACCUGUCAAUGAAAUGGUUUGGAAAGAGGGAGGCUGCUUUUACAGAAAGGGAAUAAUCGGAGACUGGAAAAAUCACUUCACAGUCGCUGACAGCGAGAUGUUUGACGAGGUCCUAGCACAGCGGAUGACCGGAAGUAAACUGAAGUUCACGUAUUCUGCACCCGAGUAGUCAAGUGUACUGAGAAUAAAAAACGCAAUCCAGAUCAGUCAAAUAAACAAGAAGACCAUGAUGUUCCUAAAGCGUCCACCUGAGUUCAAGUUGUAAAACAAUUAGUGAAGAAUUGGUGACCAAGUUUUUUUUACUUAAAAUGACCCAGUUUUAAACUUUAUGGUCAUGAUCAUCAUUCAGACUAAGGUUCAAUAAAAUUAGGCAACACAGUAUUGAUAUAUAUUAUUUUAUAAUGUUUGUUUUCCUAUGAUUGUACCUAGCUACCUCGUUAAAAACCCACUUGAGCUCAAUUUACACUAUGCAUAGAUAUUGCCAAGAUAAACACCCUGACCAAGUGUCCUUAAGAUUUACCAAAACUGCGGCCUCUUAAGUGAUAACAAUCUUAAUUUUCGAGACAUGCGACGCCUGAUACCGGACUGACCACAAUAGCUCACCUUUAGCACUUCGCGGUCACGAGAGCUACAAAACAAACAAUGCAAAAAAAACACAUACUCUUCCGAAGAAAGGCGUUACGAAGUCCGAUCUAUAUGAUUUGAUCGAUUAUUUUUAGAAAGGUCAAAAUAUAUUUGACCGAUUUUGUAUGGCAAGUUUCAAAACAAUACAUAAAAUUAUUAACUUAAGUUGUACAACUGUCAUACAAAUCUUUAAUCAUUAAUUCCUGUUAAUGUUUAUGUUACCAAUUGUAUAAAUUUUAAUAAUUUUAGCCGAUCCAAAAGAUAACCUUUAUUCGGAUCAAGAUAACCAAAUCAAAUAUCUUGGCUAAAUUUUAUCCAAAACGUUACCAAAACGUGCACCUGUUUGAAUAUCUAUUUGUUUAUACAAUCGCUAACCAAAAUAGAUAUCCUUAAAUUGAAGAUGACCAAAAGUUAUCCACUGGAUAAGAGUUAUCCAGAUUUAUCCAAUUUGCCGCGGAUGAUUUAACUAGCGCGUGCUGGAAAUAGUGAUGUUUAUAAUCCUUGAUAGUUUUGAAGUGAUCUGACAUUUUAAAAGAAAAGGGUGUACGAAAGUUUAAUAUUAAUUGUAUGAUCCUUUGGUAACCUCUAAAUAAAAAUAAUUGUUAUGCUUAUUUUUUAUCUUAAUUGUCGUUGCUUGUAUGUGUAUUUUUGAAGAUAUGACACAUGUUUAUUUUAUCUAAACGCUGUUGUGAACAUGUCCCUGAUCAGUCCGUCUGUGUUUUUUCCCAAAUAAUUAAUAUGCACGUUUGUUUUACAGUAAUUCGUUUUGAAUUAAGAUUUUUAAUCUAUUACAUGUUGAAUAUGUAUCUUUCCUGAAAUUUUUAGAAGUCUCUUUUUCAAGAAAACACGUUUGACUUUUGUUUUAGUAUAAAUACGUUUACGUUUAAACACGUUUUUAGUGUCUUUCGUUAUUUCACAAAAUAAAAGUUCGAAAAAUAUAUAUAUAUAUAUA